ACAGUAGUGAUAACAUCAAUUCUUUAAGGCAGGAACAGAACUGAAAUAAAAACAUUUUCAUAUCUAGAUAAAUUAUGUUUAUAAAGCAUAUUUUUACUAUAUUUUGAAAUAGCUGUUUACAUGAUCUAUGUAACUCAUGAUUUUAAACGAAAAAAUAUAUAUAACUAUUAAGAAACUAUUAAGUUAAAAAAUGGUUUAAUGAUGAUGAACCAGCGAGAAUAUGACGUCGAUGAUAAUUUACCAAGCGCUUUAGAAGAUGAGGAAGACGUAUUAAAAGAUUUGUUAAAUGUGCCUACUGGUUGGUCAGUCGGUAAUUGCCUUCAAACAGGUCUUUUCAAUUCUUUUGAGCCUGAUGAAGUGGUAUAUCGUGCUCAAAAAAAACCAUGUAAAAUGGUUGGUAAAUAUGUUAUGGGAGAUUUGCUUGGGGAAGGUAGUUAUGGAAAGGUUAAAGAAGUGCUAGAUUCUGUUACUUUAGUACGUCGAGCAGCAAAAAUAUUAAAAAAGAAGAAGCUCAAACGAAUACCGAAUGGAGAGAAAAAUGUUCUCAAUGAAAUACAACUCUUAAAAACACUUAGACAUCUAAAUGUCAUAGAAUUAGUCGAUGUAAUAAUAAAUGAAGAAAAAGAAAAAAUGUACCUAUUAAUGGAGUACUGUGUUGGUGGUCUUCAAGAUAUGCUUGAACACUCUCCAGGAAGUAAAUUUCCUUGUUGGCAAGCUCAUAAUUAUUUCAGUCAAUUAAUAAAUGGAUUAGAAUAUUUACAUAGUCGAGGCAUAAUUCACAAAGAUAUUAAACCUGGAAAUUUAUUACUCACAUUAGAUGAAACAUUAAAGAUAUCAGAUUUUGGAACAGCGGAGGCAUUGUCUCCAUUUGAUCCAGAAGGAAUUUGUGCAUCUAGUCAAGGUUCACCAGCAUUUCAACCCCCAGAAAUUGCAAAUGGAGCUGAUGUGUAUUGUGGUUUUAAAAUAGAUAUUUGGAGUAGUGGUGUGACAUUGUAUAAUCUAGUUACUGGACAGUAUCCAUUUGAAGGGGACAAUGUUUAUAGACUAUUUGAAGCAAUUGGCAAAUGUAAUAUAAAAAUUCCAGGUUAUGUCACUGAACCUCUAAGAUCUCUCUUAGUUGGAAUGUUAAAAAAAGAUCCAAAGAAUCGAUUUUCAUUGCGAACAAUUCAAACACAUCCUUGGGUUGUGUGUAGACAUCCAAAAACCUCUGAAAAAGUACCUAUUCCACCACUACGUGGUGAUUAUAUGCAUAAAAUGACAGUUUUACCAUAUUUAUUUAACUUUCAUGAAGAUACAUCUUCAGAAAAUGAGGAAGAAGAAUAUAUAACUGAAAAAUUGAUAACAGUUAAUACAGAUAGACAGAAUGGUAGUACAUCAGCUCCUGUAGAUGAAAUUAAUGACUCAUCUAAACGUGCCUGGCACAAGCCUAUCUUAUAUAAUGUUAAAAAAAUGACAACAUGUCGACUCUCGUGACACUAUUCCUUUAUCCUUGUGUUGCAAUUUUCAUAUUGUUUUAUAAUAAAACUAGUUUUGAUACAAAAAUUUGAAAAUAUUCAAAUAUGUUGAGAAAACGGUUAUUUUCUUUUGUACUAUCAAGUCAGACUUUUAAUUUGACUUAUUUAUAAAUAAAACGACUUAAAAAAUGCCAGUAGUAUUAUAAAUAUCAAAACUAAAAUUUUAUUUAUUAACCUCAGCAAAAGAGUCAAUUGUAUUUUUUGAGAAUAAUAAAUGCUGAUGUCAAAAAAAUAUGUAAAAAUAAAAACGCUAUGCUGACCUUAUAUACUUUAUUUAUUCAUUAUUUACUUUUAUAAAUAUAUGAAAAUUGUAUAAUUUUAUAUUGUUUUCUCUUUACAAGUUUUAUUUUUAGUAAUAUUUUUUUAUAUGUAUAAGACUAAAACGAAUUAUUUUAAAGUACAUUUGAGUUCCUCGGU